AUGGCAGCUGUGGAACUUCGGCGGACUCCCUCGGGGUCCGCUGCUAGUCAGCGGUGCCGGCCCGCCCGGACCCGAGGAUAUCCGUCUACAAUCUUUCUACGCUCUCUAGCAUGGCGCAAGGUUUUGAGUUUAGACUUUCCCGUGAUCAAGCGCGAUUUGCUGCGCUCUCGGCGCGAGUGCGCUCUGCGAGGACUGCGACAGAGCGCGAAGUGGGCGUCCGAGCUCGCGUACGCUCUGCGUGACGUAGAGGCGAGUCCACAGGACUCGACGGCGGCGGUCGACCGCAAUGACGACUUGGACGAUACGUACUUCCUCGCCAAGAGCUACCUGGACCUCCAGGAGUACGACCGGGUCGCGUACUUCACCAAGAAUGCCACGGGGACGACGCGAUUCCUUCACUAUUACGCGAGGUACCUCUCGGACGAGAAGAAGCGACUGGACGACACCGUCGAGCCGAUCACGGCUGCGGACCGCGGGGCAAGCCAGGAGCUGAAAGACCUACAGACAGAGCUGAGAGCCCUCCGACCCAAGCUCGAUGGUUUCUGCCUCUACAUCUACGGUGUGGUCCUCAAGCGGCUCCAGCUGCAGCAACAGGCCGUUGAUGUCUUCGUCGAGGCCGUGCACGCCGAGCCCCUGCACUGGGGCGCCUGGCUGGAGCUGUCGUCUCUGGUGGCCGACUGCGACCACCUGCGCAGCCUCGAGCUGCCCAACCACUGGAUGAAGGAGUUUUUCCUUGGCCACACUUACCUCGAGUUGCAGCUCAACGAGGAGGUGCUUGAGACAUACGAGCAGCUCCAAAAGGGACCCUUCCUCGAAAGCACGUACCUCAUGGCACAGGUCGCCAUUGCAUACCACAACAUGCGGGUCGUCGACAAGGCCAUUGAGGGCUUCCAGAAGCUGCGCAAGGCCGACCCAUUCCGGCUGGACAACAUGGAUAUCUACUCCAACCUGCUGUACGUCAAGGAGUUGCGUGUCGAGCUGAGCCACCUGGCCCACAGCGUGUGCGCCAUCGACAAGUACAAGCCCGAGACAUGCUGCGUCAUCGGCAACUUCUACUCGCUUCGGUCCCAGCACGAGAAGGCCGUCCUCUACUUCGGCCGCGCACUGCGUCUCAACCCGAACUACUUUGCGGCGUGGACCCUCAUGGGCCACGAGUACAUGGAGAUGAAGAACACCAACGCCGCCAUCCAGUCGUACCGGCAGGCCAUUGAGGUGAACCGUCGGGACUACCGGGCCUGGUACGGGCUGGGACAGACCUAUGAGAUACUCAAGAUGCCCAAUUACUGUCUCUACUACUACAGGCAAGCGCAGGAGCUGCGGCCCAACGACUCGCGCAUGAUGGUGGCGCUGGGUGAGGCCUACGAGAAGCUGGACAAGCACCAUGAGGCCAAGAAGUGCUUCUGGCGGGCCCACUCUCUCGGGGACUUUGAAGGGCUCGCCCUGUUCAGGCUGGCGCGCGUCUAUGAGCGCCUCGGCGAGAGCGAACAGGCCUGCGCGGCGUUUACCGACUAUGUGAGGCAAUGCGAGAGCCAGUGCUACCGGGCGGACCGUGAGGACCUGGCUCAUGCCUGCCGCUUCCUGGCCAGGCACCACCUGGCCCAGAAGGACCUGGAUGCAGCGUACGAGUAUGCACACAAGUGCACCGAGUUUCCCGAGACCAAGGAGGAAGCGCGGGGCCUGCUCAAGCAGGUGACCGACGCCCGGCUCUUUGAACAGGAUUCGGGGGGCGGGGACAUGCAGAUCGAGGAAGAUGAAGAAGACGACGACUCACUCCUCACGGGUCAGGACUCUCUUAUCUGCGAGGUUGCGGACGUGGGGGGCUUCAGGACUCCGAACAAGUGAUCGCUGUUGUGUAGAUAGGAUGCGGGAAACGGUGCCGUGCGAUUCGAGGACGAAGAAAGAGAUGAGAAUGACCUGAAAUGCCACUGGACAAGACUCGGUCACUCCUGACAUUGCGGAUGUGGGUGGCUCUUGAAGCCGCGAUGAAUAAUUAUUGUCAUAAAUCGUAGAUGCAUGUUCCAUUCGCUUGUCUAAGGAUGAAAUAGGCGAAAGUGCAUUGGUGGGGUAUUUGGUUGACGAUCAUAAGUUUGAACAACGGGACUGAACGCGGACAGAGAAGUGUACAUGCAAGCACACACAUGAUGUGCGUGCAUGUGUUCUCUGUGUUCAGUUGCGCUGUUCAGACUUAUUACGAUUGUCUAAAGGGCGAUGGCUACAACGGUUGAUGAAUCAGAGAAAGCUGAAAGUGGACUCAGUGUGCUGUGGUGGCAAAUGUGUGGGCUUCUGGACUGAUUGUCGGUGUGAUUCAGGUAGGGGACGAAUAAGCUUAGGAUGGGAAGUGUAUGCUUUUCCGAAUGCACUUGUUAAUGAGACUAUUGCGACGUUUAGAUUUGGAUGAGAACUUUUUGGUGGUCAUUUGCUAACUUCACAUUUCUAUGCGAAGAUAUUUGCCCCAGGUCAAACGUGUUUGAGUGUUCUUGGACAGGCUGCAGAAAAAGGUGAAAUGGCUGUGACUUGCUGUUCAGAGACUGAAACUCGCAAAAUGUGGGUUAGGCUUCGAGACCUGCAAUCGGUGGCCAUUGCCGCAAAUUAAUUGAUAUCGUACCCAUCAAAUUUGAAGGGGCUAUGGGAAGCAGGGCAGGCAUUGAAU